CCAGACUACAGCAACAUACAAUUCAUUUGAAGCUCGAGACCAACUCUAACCCCUCCUCGUUCUUCUCAUCAUCCAUAUCGGCACGCUGUCAACAUGGAAGUCCUUCUAGGCCUCACCGGCCGUGAUUUCACCAUCAUCGCAGCCUCCAAAGCAGCCAUGCGCGGCGCCACGAUACUCAAAACCUCCGACGACAAGACGAGACAGCUCAACAAGCACACCCUCCUCGCAUUUUCAGGAGAAGCAGGUGACACGAUCCAAUUUGCCGAGUACAUUCAAGCCAACAUUGCCCUCUACACGAUGCGAAAUGAGACGGAUCUGGGCCCGAGCGCCGUCGCAAGCUUCGUCCGGAGCGAACUCGCCAGGAGUCUACGAAGCAGAAAGCCAUACAACGUCAACUUGUUACUGGGUGGCAUGGAUCCGAUCACCAAGCAGCCAAGUCUAUACUGGCUGGACUACCUUGCCAGCAGCGCAAAGGUGCCAUAUGCUGCUCAUGGUUAUGCUCAGUACUACUGUCUCUCGAUCCUAGAUAAACAUCAUCACCCAGACAUCUCGUUCGAACAAGGCAUGAAGAUUCUCCGCAUGUGCACAGACGAAUUACAACGACGAUUACCUAUUGACUUCAAGGGGAUGACAGUCAAGGUGGUGAAGAAGGACGGCAUCAUUGACAUGGAGUACGACACCAGCAAACAAGUGAUGGCGGCUUAGAUCGGGUCUGGAAAGGAGGAAAAGAACUUCACAUCCGUACACUUGCAUAGCGUGGGCGCAUAUUAGGUUGUCUCGAAUCAAAUGGGUAUCAAUUGUGGGAUAAAUAC